AUGGCUAUUGCGCCUUCUGCACAGAUCAAGUCAUUCGGCUACUCGACGGAACAGAGUUUCCUCCUCGGGACACCCGGAGGUGCCUGGCUCUUCAUCACUGUCAUCUUAAGUGGGUAUCUGGGAGGUCGCUUUAAUGCACGCCUUGCUGUUGGUAGUGCCGGCUUAUGGAUGGCCAUUCUCGGCAUCACCCUAAUCAUAGCGCUGCCUCAGGACAGGCCCGCUGGGCGACUUAUUGGAUGUUACUUUUGCUGGGGUGCCUCGGUGCCCUUCGUGACCCUUCUCUCCGUCAUUGCGACCAAUGUUGCGGGCGACACCAAGAAAACCACAGUCGCAGCCUUCUAUCUGAUCGGUUACUGCGCGGGGUAUAUUAUUGGACCUCAAACCUUUCAGGCCAAAGACGCUCCCAAUUAUAGACCGGCCGAGAUUACGAUGCUCUGUGGCUGGGCCUUUGGUGUGGUUGACAUUUACUUCAUCAUGUGGUACUGCAUGAGGCAGAACAAGAGGAAGGCGGCAUCGCGCUCUCUGCCUGGUUAUGUGAAAUUGCACGAACAGGAGCCAGUCUGA